AAUGAAGGUAAGUGCAAUUGGCACUAGAAAGAAAGCCCAUUUAUGUUUAUAUUAGAAACUAGUUAGUUAAUUAUAAUGAAUCACUUAGCAUGAUUUUAUGAUAAUGCUGCAGCAAAAGAUUGUCAUCAAGGUGACGACUUGUUGUGAUAAAUGCCGAUGCAAAGCUAUGAAGAUAGCUGCUAUUGCUGAUGGUGUGAAUUCGGUGGCAAUAGAAGGAGAUGACAAAGAUAAGUUGGUGGUGAUAGGAGAAAGAGUAGAUGCAGCAUGCUUGACCAAGGCCCUUCGGAAGAAGAUAAACUACGCAAGCAUAGAAAGCGUAGAAGAGGUGAAGCCCCAAGAGAAAAAGCCUGAUGAUGACAAAAAGAAAGAUGAUGAUAAAAAACCUACUCCACAUUGCUGUCAACCACCACCAACUCGUUGUGAAUUGGUUAGUGUGGUUUAUGAUCCUAGUCCACCAACUUGCACCAUAAUGUGA